CGGCCGCCGCACAACACUAGUGUCGUUCUUCUAGGGUUCAGAACUUUCCCCAACUCGCUCGAUUUUGGCUUCCCCCGCACCGCCCCGCGUCGGCGCCGUCGGUCCUGGCCAUCUCCGGCGGCUGAUCACUCUCAGUGGCAUGGACUGCUCCAAGAACGAGGGCGCGGUGGCAGUGGCCGCCCUCCCCGACGACCCCCUGGUGGAGAUCCUCUCCCGCGUCCCUGCAAAGUCCGUCUGCCGGUUCAAGUGCGUCUCCAAGGCCUGGCGCGACCUCAUUGCGGACCCUCACCACCGGAAGAAGCUCCCCCAAGCAAUGCAAGGACUCUUCUUCAUGGUGCCAGAGGACCUUAUCGAUGUCAGUUUCAGUUUCAUCGAUCUGACAGCGAGGUCCGUGCCUCCAGACAUCGACCCUGCCUUCUCCUUCCUGAAAGAACGGCCUGGAUUCCAGUUCCACAACCUUGGCUUCCUGGACUCCUGCAACGGUCUUAUCCUCUUCAAGAACCACCAGGAGCCGCCGUAUUCUGAUGCAGUGGGCUAUGUUGUCUGCAACCCGACCACUAAGAGAUGGGCAGCCGUGCCGACUUGUGGCUCUCUGGAUCUGACAACCUGCACCUAUUUAGCUUUCGAUCAGGCCAUAUCCUCUCACUUCCACUUGGUCCAGUUCCAGAUAUAUGUGCCGGGCGAGAUGUUGGUGUCGCUGCAUGUUUACUCAUCUGAAACUGGGACCUGGAGUGGCAACCAAAUUGGCUCUCAAGAAAAUCAAGGACCAUUGGCAGAGUGGCAUCAUCGGAGCAUAGUAUCUCGUAAGGAACCUGAGUGUGCCUUUGUUAAUGGCUUCCUGCAUUUCAUAGUUGGGGACUCAUAUCAACAUCAGAUAGUUGCUGUAGAUGUGCAAGGAAAGGCAAGAAGGGUGAUCACAGUGCCAGGUGUGGCUGAUGGGAGGCACCGGUAUUGUUAUUUAGGCCAGUCCCAAGGGUGCCUGCAUUACAUGACUCAGGAAAUGUUUGAUGAUAAAAAAGACAGGUGCGAACUGUGCAUCUGGGUUCUUCAGGAUUAUGAUACACAAUGGGUGUUGAAGGACACUGUAAGCGCCCUGAAGAUCUUUGGACACUAUACUAGGGACAUUUUGCACUUCAUCGUUGGCAUUCAUCAAGAUCGUAAUGUGGUCUUUUUUCAGUCCCUGAGGAGUAAUCUGAUAGCAUAUGACAUGGACCAUAAGGAAGUGAGUGUUAUUACCACUUUCGAUGUUCUGAAAAAGCCGCUCCGUUUUGUUCAUUAUGUUCCCUGUUUCUCAGAAUCCCCGGCUCUCACAAAUUAGCACUGGGAGUAUCUGCUCUAUGUAUGAGUUACUAGCAGCUUUGUUAAAUUCUAGUAGACUCGGGUAAAAUGUUCUGUCCGCACUAUGAUGUAUUUCUUAUCAUGCUUUUGAUCCAAUUGGUAUUGCAAGCCUGUUAAGACAUUUAUGAAGUGUACCGUUAUGGAUGCUAGUUGUGUCCAAGUUGAACAAUUUGCACUUCUGUUGAGAAGUUCUGUGACUCACACUUUAUUUGGUGACUACUUAUGAGCAACUAUUUACUUUGAAUUUAGUUUCUUUGGUCGUGUAUUUAUUUCUGCUGAGCAAGUAAAAUCAUCUUACAUAUGUUGCAACUUUUAAAUGGUGCACGUAUGAAUCACUUUCAAAUGGAAGGCUUGCUGUAACAUCAAAGGUUUCCUGAGUAUGGUUGGGAAUGGGAUUAGAAGGAAUAUUUGAUACAGGUUCUACCAGACCUGGGAAUACAAUCGCCUGCGGGAAAUGCUGCUUUCCAUCUAGUCCAGGACUCCACCCAUUCUCUUAUCCAUGAGCUGUACCGUCUUUAUCUCUCACUUCCCCCAUCCCUCUCAUUUGCCAUCUCUGUCUUCCACAAGCUCCCCUUUCCAUCGAUGAAGACGAUAAUGGUCUGCCAGAUGAAGCGAUCCUGGAACCUAAUUCUUCUUUUACAACCCUAUUCUGUCCUGGUAUGAGGUCAACCAGCACACCGGCGAUGUGUCAGCCACCACAUUUGCUUGGGACUGCAAAUUUUCCAGACGUAUUUCAGAACCAUUACCAAUCUGGGUGUCACUGACUGAAUGAGCUGCACAAAGGUGGACAUGCUGAGGAAGACUAUCUGGUUAUGCAGGCAACCAAUCAUGUGCACAGUACUAUACAAAUCCCUAUGUUGCUGAACCAAACAACACCAAACUGCAUUGGCUAAUCCAGGAUUGGGUGUGCUGCAUAGGAUAUAUAUGCUACGCAAGUUAAUGCCUCAUGCAGCUAAAAAGCCUGGAGCUUUCAGACACUGAAGUUGGGAGCAAUGGACUUCGUCAUCUCUCUGGUUUAAAAUGCCUGCACAAAUGCUAGUAUUAUUGACAAUUUAUUUUUUUUUCUUGUUAAUCCAUACUGUUGGACCAGCUCAGAUUGUGUAACCGCUUGUUUAUUUAGUGUGUGUUUGGUUUGGGGGAUGGGUGGGUCUGUCAUUUUCUCCGACACCUUUUUGUUUGGUUUCUUCUUAUGGAAUAUAAUGGGCUGAUUCUCCACCACCUCAUCCCUCAAACUAGCAGUUUGUAUAAGCAUGACUGCAUGAGGGAUGGGUGAUUCCACUAAAAUUCAUGGGAUGAACUCAUGAUGCACCACCUCAUAUAGAUUAUGAUGGCUGCCACCUCCCUGGCAUUGUUGCAUAGCCUUGAUGAAAUCAACAUGUGUUCUCAAUAGAUGUUCCUUAUUCAUACACUUAUUGCCAAUUCCCUAUUUUAAAUUGUUAUUACACUAGGGUGGACUGUAAUACUAGGAUGAUUUUAAAUUGUUGCAAAUAUAUCGUAGUUCAUAUUGUCUUAAAGUAAGUUCUUAAUUUUUCUAUUUCUGCCACUCUACGUUAUUUGCAGAUCAUCAAUCUCUCUUUUACAUUGGUUACGCAUUGGUUUGAAGAAGAUCUCUGGCUUGAGCUCAAUGAAGCCUCUUAAUCUUGACAAUCGCCAAAUCACAAAUACUGGUUUAGCAUCUCUUGCAAGUCUUACUGGAUUGACGCACCUUGACCUAUUUGGAGCUCGAAUAAUUGAUUCUGGCAUGAACUGCUUCAGAUGUAACUAUGCAUACUCAAAAGUCAAAAGACUAUCCUAUCCAAGAAGACUACCAUGUUAGCUCUAAAAAAAGGCAGCAGCUUCUCUUGGUGCAUACGUACUACCUUGAUGGAGUGCAUCUCAAUUCUUUGUGAUCAUCUUGUAGGAGCAUUGCCUUAUUUAUAUCAGUGAAAUUUCUUUCCACUUGUAAAUAAGGAAUCUCACUGCAUUUUAAAGAUUGAACCGCUAUUUCAGUUUUCAA